AAUAAAUCAGGGAGGAAACCGAGAGGGAGAGAUAGCGACUGGGCGCGAGCGCCGGCGGGCUCGCCCAGGUCUCUUUCCAAAGUCGCCCUUGAUGGCGGCGGAGGCGAGGCGGCCGCCGCGAGGACCAGCCUACGCGCGCUAGCGGGUCCCCCGCCGCCGCCCCUUCCCCCGGCGCGGCUUCGCCCCCGCCGCCCCUCGCCGGAGUCCGCGCCCCGGGCUGGGCGCGCCGGCCCCAGACGCCCCGCGUUCCGGCCGCAGUGUGCUGCUUCUCCUCCCGCCGUUUGAGCCCGUUCCUUCCCGCGGCUGGGGAGGGAGGCGGGAUUGAUCUUCGAUCGCGAAGAUGGCUGCUGGCUGCCUGCUGGCCUUGACUCUGACACUUUUCCAAUUUUUGCUGAUGGGCCCCUCGUCGGAGGAGCCGUUCCCCUCGGCCGUCACUAUCAAGUCAUGGGUGGAUAAGAUGCAAGAAGACCUUGUCACACUGGCAAAAACAGCUAGCGGAGUCAAUCAACUUGUUGACAUUUAUGAGAAAUACCAAGAUUUGUAUACUGUGGAACCAAAUAAUGCACGCCAGUUGGUGGAAAUUGCAGCCAGGGAUAUUGAGAAACUUCUAAGCAACCGAUCUAAAGCCUUGGUGCGCCUGGCUCUGGAAGCAGAGAAAGUUCAAGCAGCCCACCAGUGGAGGGAGGAUUUUGCAAGUAAUGAAGUUGUCUACUACAACGCAAAGGAUGAACUUGAUCCUGAGAAAAAUGACAGUGAACCAGGAAGUCAGAGGAUAAAACCAGAAUUUGAACACGAUGCAAAUUUUGGACGUCGGAUAUCCUACCAGCACGCGGCUGUCCACAUUCCCACAGACAUCUAUGAGGGCUCCACAAUUGUGUUAAACGAGCUCAACUGGACGAGUGCCUUAGACGAAGUUUUCAAAAGAAAUCGGGAUGAAGAUCCUUCAUUGCUGUGGCAGGUGUUUGGCAGUGCCACCGGUCUGGCCCGCUACUAUCCUGCUUCUCCAUGGGUUGAUAACAGUAGAACUCCAAACAAGAUUGAUCUUUAUGAUGUACGCAGAAGACCAUGGUAUAUCCAAGGAGCUGCAUCUCCUAAAGACAUGCUUAUUCUGGUUGAUGUGAGUGGAAGUGUCAGUGGUUUGACACUUAAACUGAUCCGAACCUCUGUUUCCGAAAUGUUGGAAACCCUCUCAGAUGAUGAUUUUGUGAAUGUAGCUUCAUUUAACAGCAAUGCCCAGGAUGUAAGCUGUUUUCAGCACCUUGUCCAAGCAAAUGUAAGAAAUAAGAAAGUGCUGAAAGAUGCCGUGAAUAAUAUCACAGCAAAAGGAAUCACAGAUUAUAAGAAGGGUUUUAGUUUUGCUUUUGAACAGCUGCUUAAUUAUAAUGUUUCCCGAGCCAACUGCAAUAAGAUCAUCAUGUUGUUCACGGAUGGAGGAGAAGAGAGAGCUCAAGAGAUAUUUAACAAAUACAACAAAGACAAAAAAGUACGUGUAUUCACAUUUUCAGUUGGUCAGCAUAAUUAUGACAGAGGACCCAUUCAGUGGAUGGCCUGUGAAAACAAAGGUUAUUAUUAUGAAAUUCCUUCCAUUGGCGCUAUAAGAAUCAACACUCAGGAAUAUCUGGAUGUUCUGGGCAGACCAAUGGUUUUAGCAGGAGACAAGGCUAAGCAAGUUCAGUGGACAAAUGUGUACCUGGAUGCUCUGGAACUUGGACUUGUCAUUACUGGAACUCUUCCGGUCUUCAACAUAACUGGCCAAGUUGAAAAUAAGACAAAGAACCAACUGAUUCUUGGUGUGAUGGGAGUUGAUGUGUCACUGGAAGAUAUUAAAAGACUGACACCACGUUUUACACUGUGUCCCAAUGGCUAUUACUUUGCAAUUGAUCCUAAUGGUUAUGUUUUGUUGCAUCCAAAUCUUCAGCCAAAGAACCCCAAAUCUCAGGAGCCAGUAACAUUGGAUUUCCUUGAUGCCGAAUUAGAGAAUGAUAUUAAAGUGGAGAUUCGAAAUAAAAUGAUAGAUGGAGAAAGUGGAGACAAAACUUUUAGAACUCUGGUUAAAUCUCAAGAUGAGAGAUACAUUGACAAAGGAAACCGGACAUACACUUGGACACCUGUCAAUGGUACAGAUUACAGUUUGGCCUUGGUAUUACCAACCUACAGUUUUUACUAUAUAAAAGCCAAAAUAGAAGAGACAAUAACUCAGGCCAGAUCAAAAAAGGGCAAAAUGAAGGAUUCAGAAACACUGAAGCCGGAUAACUUUGAAGAAUCUGGCUAUACAUUCAUAGCACCAAGAGAUUACUGUAAUGACCUUAAAAUAUCAGAUAACAACACCGAGUUUCUUUUAAAUUUCAAUGAGUUUAUUGAUAGAAAAACACCAAACAACCCAUCAUGUAACACGGAUUUGAUCAAUAGGGUUUUGCUGGAUGCUGGUUUUACUAGUGAACUUGUCCAAAAUUACUGGAGUAAGCAGAAAAACAUCAAGGGAGUGAAAGCACGGUUUGUUGUGACUGAUGGCGGGAUUACCAGAGUUUAUCCGAAAGAGGCUGGAGAAAAUUGGCAAGAAAACCCAGAGACAUAUGAAGAUAGCUUCUAUAAGAGGAGUCUAGAUAACGAUAACUAUGUUUUCACUGCUCCCUACUUUAACAAAAGUGGACCUGGUGCUUAUGAGUCUGGCAUUAUGGUAAGCAAAGCUGUAGAAAUAUAUAUACAAGGAAAACUUCUCAAACCUGCAGUUGUUGGAAUUAAAAUUGAUGUAAAUUCCUGGAUAGAGAAUUUCACCAAAACAUCUAUCAGAGAUCCGUGUGCGGGUCCAGUUUGUGACUGCAAAAGAAACAGUGAUGUGAUGGAUUGUGUGAUUCUAGAUGACGGUGGGUUUCUUUUGAUGGCCAACCAUGAUGAUUAUACUAACCAGAUCGGAAGAUUUUUUGGAGAGAUCGAUCCCAGUUUGAUGAGACACCUGAUUAAUAUAUCGGUUUACGCUUUCAACAAAUCUUACGAUUAUCAGUCAGUGUGUGAGCCUGGCGCUACACCCAAACAAGGAGCAGGGCCUCGCUCAGCCUAUGUGCCAUCCAUCGCAGACCUGCUACAUGUGGGCUGGUGGGCCACAGCCGCUGCCUGGUCUAUUCUACAGCAGUUUAUCUUGAGUUUGACAUUUCCACGACUCCUGGAAGCAGUUGAGGUAGAUGAUGAAGAUUUUUCAGCCUCUCUGUCCAAGCAGAGCUGUAUUACUGAACAAACCCAGUAUUUCUUUGAUAAUGAUAGCAAAUCAUUCAGUGGUGUACUGGACUGUGGCAACUGUUCCAGAAUAUUUCAUGUAGAAAAACUUAUGAACACUAACUUAAUAUUCAUAAUGGUGGAGAGUAAAGGCACAUGCCCGUGUGACACUCGCCUCCUCAUCCAGGCAGAGCAGACUUCUGAUGGCCCAGAUCCUUGUGACAUGGUCAAGCAGCCCAGAUACCGGAAAGGCCCUGAUGUCUGCUUCGACAAUAAUGUCCUGGAAGAUUAUACUGACUGUGGUGGCGUUUCUGGACUGAACCCCUCCCUGUGGUCCAUCGUUGGGAUACAGUUUGUUUUACUUUGGCUUUUAUCGGGCAGUAGACACUGCCAGUUAUGACCAUCUAAAACCAAAUCGACAUACUUAAACUUAAGACCCUGCCAAAACAUGAGCCCUGAUUGCAUUACCAUAGGAUCAGCCGUGGAAUCAGCACACAUUAGCUGGGCACAUCCAUGGCAUGCAUCUAAGGACAGACUACUGGGCACCCGCUGGCUGCAUGUCGGGGUGUGAGAUCCUACAGUUGUGUGAAUGCUGCAUCAUGUAUGUAGAACAUCAAAGCAAAUUUUGUACGUGUUGUAGUGGAAAACCUGAGAGUUUGUUGUUACAUUGUUGGUGAUUCCAUGUAAAAGGGCUCCCCAAACAAUCAUUGAUGACUCGUGCAAAUUAUAAUGAUUUUGACCUUGAAUUUCCAAUUGCUGCAGUCCCUGUUCUUUAUCCAAGAAAAUAUCAAGGGGGGAAAUACUUAUUUUUGCCUUUACUUGUUCUUCUGCUAAAAAUAUUUCCUGCUUUGACUAGUUAUUAGUUUAAAUAUAUAUAUAUAUAUAUGGAGAGAGAGAGAGAUAAAGAAUUAACAUUGGUGUAAACUCUUGAAAUAUAAAUAAUGGCUACUUUUCUAUUAAAAAUUUGCCAUGAGUAAAAUGCCUUAUGAAGUAUGGCUUUUAUGCCAAAAAUAUAACACACAUGAUGGCCAAUUAAUUUUGGUGGGGUAAUUUAUUGGUUGUUGGGAAAUAAUAACUAAGGAAUUAUUAACCUUAAGGUGCUUGAGGGUGAAAUUAGAACAUGUGAUAUACUUCCUCAUAAAUGUAAGCCCUUAAUAAAUGCUUUGAUGUAAUGUUUCUUUCGUUAACAGUAAAGUUGUGUAGUGCUGGCCAGGUAUUUCAAAACGCUCUAAGAAAAGCUUGUCGGGGGGAGGGGAAAUGUUUUUUCUUGUGACAAAUGAAUGAACUUUGGUUACCAAGGGUUUUUGCAUGAUGCUGCUGCUAUUUUAAUUUUCAGUUUGUUUUUCUCUUACUGUAGAGUAUAGUCCGUUGAAAAGUUAAUUGAGUGACAUUGUUAUGUAAGAAUUUGAACCUUACAAUGUAAUGCACUUCAGUCAUCUUUUAAAAUGUCGUUAAACUACUCUGAAUAUACUGUGCAAUGUAAAUGCUGGAUGAUUGGGUUCGGUAAAUGAAGAAAUGGGAAUUAAUGGAUUUUAUACAGAUUCGUGCUUUUGCCUGAAAACCAAUGUACAGAUAUUUUAAGUACAUAAAUCAGAUUUGACACAUUUAUUUUUUGAAAAGUACUUAUAUGUUCUCAAUGAACAUUCAUCCUAGGUUUCCUCUUUGUUCGUUUCAAUAGUAGCACAUUAUUAUCAAAAUUUUUCUGCUACUACCACUGCUGCUUUAGCCCCUCUGUUUAAAAAGGUAGGGUCACUUCACCAAAAUUUCAUGCCAUUUGAUGAGGGUUUUACAAAAAUGUGAACAAAUAGGAAACCUUGAAUCUGUAUGUAUGCACAAGAAUACUUGAUUGUGAAUAAUCAAAAUUGUUUUAUACAGCCUCAUUGGUGAACAUGGUUAGGGUAGUCAAUCAGAUAAUUCAUUAUACAUUACUAUGGUAGCAAUGUAUUAUGCUUUUAGAAGUUUUUUUCAAGAGUGAACAGUAUUUCAAAAAAGGGUAAAAACAUUAUGUCACUCUAUUCAGUGAAAUAAUUCAUUCUACUGAAGGCUGGAAGCCGAUUCUUUUUAUGGUAAAAUGAGUUUUUUUGGACAUGCCAAAUAUUGGUGUGUAUAUAUGCUGGAAGUUUUCUUAUAUAUUAUUUUUAAGUCAAAAUAUUAUACAGCAUGGUUUACUAUGUUUCACAUAUCGAAGAUAUGACUCAAUCUUUAGCAUAGUUUCAAAGAUAUAUUUGUUUUUAGCUUUGCAUACAUUUCUAAUUCCUUCCAACCACCAAUAUACCCUAGGUACCAUUUGUGAACAUUUCCGUACUUUAGUUUUUUUUAUUUAAAAAUGGGGAGGGGGAAAUGAAAUCACUUUGCCAAUUAUUGUUAUAAGAGUUGACAUCUGUUACCAUUUCUAAUUCAUCGUUGUGACUUUGUAGUCUCACUUGUAACUGGUAUUAACAUUUUAGAAAACACCAAAGUUAUUUAAAAAACUUACAGAACUUCUCACUCUAGGAACAAUAUGCUUAAGUCAUAUUUGUAUAUUAAACUUAUUGUCAACUUUUACUAGACUAUUUUAAAUUACGAAAGUACUGAGAAGGGAGAUGUCAAGAUAGCCAGUUAGAUUAGUUUAUAUAUAUGAUGCACAUAAAAAUAAUUGCAUUGCUUCCAGCAUACAACAAACUACCUUAUGUUAAAAAUCUAUUAAAUAUAUUUUCCUGGCUUAUGUCACUAAAAUAGUAUGUUUCAUCAACUACAUUAUUGUUGUAUUGUUAAUCACAGUUAAAACUUGGCAUCUCUUGGCAGGGUCCUAUUUGAUUUCAUUUGCCAUCAAAAUAUAUUUACCCGCAUGAGUCUUAUGAAGAUUCUUUGUGUUACAGAAUAGUUAUGUAACUAUUGGGUAAGAAUGUGCUCUCUGACUAAAAUUGUUCUCAUGACUAAGACUAUUCUUCCUUUUCUCCUGAUCUUAUAGAAGAAAUUAACACCUGCCCCUUCCACUUCUGACAUUUCAUUUAGGAUUUUUCUGGAAGUUCCAACAGUUGACAAGAACUUAAAUUAUAGCCUGUUAUAAAUAUUGAUUUCUAGAUAUGGAGCAGUGCAAGAGAUCAAGAGGAAAGCUUUAAGACUCCCUUAAGUUGUGCUAUAUUCAUUCAACUUAAAGUAGUGUGUCACCUAAACAGUAUCAGAAUAAGAUUUGCAUUGAUGUUGAA